AUGCCAUCCUCAUCUCCCUACUUCUUUAAUAAGACUAAUAUACCGCCUAGAAUCGGCUACUUCAAAUCCGUAAUCAUAUUCGGAGACCGGUCCUGGUUUGACGUGAUUUUACCCAUGGUCGAUAGCUAUAUCGAAUUUGGGGACUAUAAAAACAUGAAGUCGGUGGAAGUGUCGUAUAAGGGCCGUAAAAUACUUUUGUACAGUUUUGGAUUUGGAUUUGUAGAUUUAAACCGCGUCGUUACAGAAUCUUGGUUCUUGGGCGCGUUAUAUUUUAUAUUUUUAAAUUUUUCAAUACCAUUAUUACCUUCAAGCCAAAUCAAAGAUAAGGAUAUAUUUACAAUAUACGCAUCUUGCAGGAACGAAUCUGGGACAUUCGCAGAAGUCGAUUACAGGUACCCAGCUGUGGCCCAUCCGACAAUUGUUAGAGCCCUGAGAACGUCAUCAGAAUCGCUGGGAUAUACAUUGAAACCACAAAAAUCGGUAGUAGUGGACGGUUACUACGAGAAAAAGGUGAAAAGGCCUACACUCAUGGACGAGAUUGUUCAAACUGAUAUCGAGUUACAGGAUUGGGAUUCCUCUAACAUGUUAGUGUACUCAAGUCUCAGAAAGGUUAAAAGCGGAAUAUUAACAUGUGUUGGUCUAAAGCCCAAUUUAGUAAAUAUGUACGGUGAAUUUUCAGAUUUUUCAAAUUACAAUCAACAGAUGAAUCUAAUGGCAAAAAUCGCAUUAGAGGCCUGCUUACUAGUUGAACCUCUGGAAAAUAAUAGAUAA